UAAUUUAUUCUUUGAUUUUUUAUUUUUGUGUUUAAUCUAUUCACUAGUUAGUUAUGGAGAUGGCGGAGGCUAAAGCUGAGGAGGCUGCAACGUGGGUUUGUUGGGACAUUGAGAACUGUCCGAUUCCCAAUGGCUGCAAAGCUGAAGAGAUCUCUCAGAAGAUAAGCUUGGCUUUGAGUAAGUUGAACUACCUUGGUCCAAUCUCUAUCUCUGCGUAUGGAAACAUGAAUCACAUUCCUCCUUCGGUCAAAAAAGCUCUCUCUUCCACUGGAGUUGUUCUUAAUCACGUCCAUGUGAACUCCAGAAGUUCUAGUUCGCGUAUUUUCCGCGGAUUAUUGGAUUGGGCAUAUAAUUCAGACACAUCUAAUUUAAUCUUCAUAUCCCGUGACGAUUCUUUCUGUUCUUAUCUUAGCAAAUGGCAAAGGGAUCGAAACAAAAAUGUUCUUCUAGCACAUCCUCCAAAUGCUUCAGACUCAUUUGUUUCUUCUGCAAAGACCACAUGGCUGUGGAAUAGCUUGUGUACGAGCCUUAUAUAAGCCAGCCAAAUAGGCCCUAAUUCUCUUCUUUUUUUUUUCAUCAAUUGUGCACAAAUGCAACUCAAGGCACUGUAACAGUUGACACAAACAAAAAUCAUUAUAUUUUGAAAGGACGGCUUUUGUGUUUUUGAUUUUUUUUCUAGUGUUUAAAUGUUUAGUAAGAAACAAUAGUUCUUAAGAUUAUAAGGGAUUCAACUGCCAUAUAUAAAUCGUCUAAGAAUAUAUAAACAGAUGCAACUGCUUUAUUAUGCCUGGCAUUUGGGUAUAAAAUUCAAAUAAUUUUACAGUACAACUAUGAAUUCACAUUUAGGUGUUGAUUGUUUGCAGUUUCUACAUUGGUUUUUGGUUUUUGUUUUUCAAAAUCUACAUUUUUGUCCAAUCAAGAUUUCUAAAAAAAGUGAUUCUCUACAAUUUAGGAAAACUAAAACUUAUAUUAUUGCCAAUCAAGAUUUUAACAAAGUAGAUUUCCUAGAAAAUAGGAAAACUAGAUUUUAGAUGUUUAACUAACUUUUCAAAGAAAAACCAAAAUUCUUGUUUUGUUGGCUUUUGAAGAUAUGCACGAUUACUACUUUUUGGUAAAUAUAUAAAUACAAUAUAUUAACACUACUUAGAUGUAUAUGUUUGUUAAACUCUACACUCUUUUCUUACGUAUUUUAUUGUAUUAUUUUUAUAUUAAAAAUUUUAAUCAGUAGGAAAAUAUUUCUUUUUUACAAAAAUUCAAUAAUUAAAAAAAAAUUUAAUAUAUUUUUCAAAUAACAGACAUAAUAUUUUAAUACAUUUUAAUAAUAAAAUAUAAACUUUUACAUAUUUUAUUUAUGAUUUAUUUUAUUGCUAUAAAAUUCAUAAAACUGAAAAAUAAUUCAAAAAAAAAAUCAAAAUCAAAUUAAACAUAAAUAUAAAAAUAAAAAUCUAAAAACUAAUAACUAAAAAUAAAAACUCUGAAAACCAUUUUGUGUUGAAUCUUUUUAGAUUUUCUCAGUCAUAGUAUUUUGAUAUAUUUUAAUGAUAAUUUUAAAAUUUUAUUGAUAUUUUCUACAUUUUAAUAUAAAUUUCAAUAAUUUUAUUAGUAUUUUUUUUGUAUUGUCUUAAAAUAAAUCAUCUCAUUUUAUAAAAACAAAACAGUAAUUUCGAAAAAUAAAUUUUAACCUAAAAUACACAAAUCAAAAACCAAAAACUAAAACUAAAAACCAAAAACUAAAAACGAAAAUCAAAAUCAAAAUCUAAAAACUAAAACUAAAAACUAAAAUCAAAAACUAAAAUCUAAAAGCCAGAAACUAAAACCAAAAACUAGUGAAACAAUCAUCACCUUAUUCUUUUUUAGGAUAUGAAUAAAACACAUCGAAUUCACUUACUCUUUUGGGUUAGGAAUCGCGUUUUUGUUAGCAAACGGACACAUUUAUAAAACGCUGGUAGAUAUGUGGUCAAAGUAGACAGAAAAAAACACAGACAAUUUCCUGUUUUCCUCAUAGGGUUUGAAAGCCAGAACAUCCAUUGACUAACAAG